AUGAGGGCCUGCACGGCGUUUGCCCUGCUGGCGCUGCUGCUGGCAGCCGCCCUGCCGGCCAAGGGCAGGGAGGUGCCGGGGGCGCCCGCCGCGCGCCGCCGCCUGCUCCAGAGCGCCCGCGCCGAGGCCAUCGCCUCCGCCGUCGCCUCCGGCAACACCAACGCCGCCGCCAGCGCGAUCGCCGAGGCGGCUGCUUCCGGGGACAGCGAUGCCAUCGCCCAGGCCACCGCCAUCGCCGCCGCCUCGGGCAACAGCCAGGCGCUGGCGCAGGCGGCGGCGGAGGCCACUGGGCAAGGCGCCAGCGCAGAGGCGGUGGCCUCGGCCAUCAGCGAGGGUUCAGGCGGUACCGUGGACCCCGGCAGCCUGUCCUCCGGCAAUGCGGGCGCCAUCUCCUCCGCCAUCAACUCGGGAGUGGGAUCCUGCUCCUCCAGGGCCUCAUCCUCCGCCGGCGGCUUCAGCGAGCAGGCCACCGCCGUCAGCGAGGCUGUGGCCAGCGCCGUGGCUAACGUGUGCGGCGGCGGCGACGCCAACGCGCAGGCCGAGGCGUCCGCGCAGGCCACGGCCCGGGCCACCGCCACCGCCUUUGCCGAGGCGGCGGCCGAAGUGCAGUCCUCCCCAGGGUGCAGCGGCUGCGCCAGCGCCAGCGGUACAGCUUCCGCCGUGGCCACCGCUCUGGCCAAGGCCUCCGCCCAGGCCUUUGCCUCCGCCGCCUCCUGCUGCCCCAACAACGCCCAGGCCAUCGCCAGCGCCCUGGCAGAGGCAGUGGACACCCAGAUCGCCACCGCCACCGCCUCCGCCGCCGCCGACGCGUGCGCCAGCGGCGGCGGCAGCGCCUCCGCCAGCAGCUCCGCCAUCUCCACCGCCGUGGCUGAGGCGACUGCCAGCGCCUAUGCCAACGCCUUUGCCCAGCUCAGCCAGUGCCGCGCCCAGGCGGGCGCCGGCGGCGGCGCCACUGCCGGCGGCGGCCAGGCCCCGACCACCGGCGGGCAGACCCCCACCACCGGCGGCGGCGGCACCCAGGCGGGCGGCGGCGGCGGCCAGGUGCCCAAGUGCUUUGGCUUUGUGCGCGACCAGUGCUGCAAGAACGCCCCCGACCGCUGCGUGUGCGCCGGCAACUCCAACCAGCGAUGCCAGUUCGGCAAGGCCAGCUCCAGCCCGCUCACCUACGGCCCGGUGUUCCAGAACAACGUGCAGCAGAGCGGGCGCUGCCAGUGCUGA